AUGCAAGUCUCUCCAGCUAUUAUAAAAGGUAUCGCAGUCUCAUCUCUAGGUUUAUAUGCCGGUAUUUUAACUUCAUCCACAGUUAUUUCCAUAACUACUCCAAUAAACGUGUUAACUCAACAUUUGAAGAAUGUUUUGUGCACAUUGGGAUGUUGGAGCACUGUUUUGGGUGGACUAGCCAGCAGUGCCUUUGGCCUCAGUUACUUUUUAGCUGCACCAGGAGAAAGACCAAACUAUCUGCUAUGUGGCUUGGGUGUGGCUCCACUAUCUGCUGCAUACCUGUACUUAGUAUCACUAUUCAACCACAAGUUGGCCCCAAGAUGCACACGCGACGGCAAUGAUCUAGAAAAGCAAAAAGAUGAAAAACUACCUCAAAAUCAUCCACAAGUUAAGGAUGGAGAAGCUGCAUGCCCAUUCUCAAAGAUGAACAAUGCAAAGACGUUGAAACCCGAAUCCGAAAGAAGCGUGAAGUGUCACUCGUAUAUGUCAUUGCACAUGUGUAUUGUGACCGGUAUAACAAUUUUUACCUUCAGCAAGUGUAUCCUUGAUGGAUUCAAAGCAUGA